AUGACUACAAGUACCACCACCACAACGACGACGACAACUUCGUCCAUACCAUCGAGAUCUGGCGAUGGCAUUUGUGCAAGAGCAACAUGGGCUCGAAAUGCUACCACUGUGGCUGGUGGCAAUGGUAAUGGGUCUGCGCUCAGUCAGUUAGAUAAUGCUGUUGGGUUCUUUGUUGAUGACAAUCAAACUGUUUACGUGGCCGAUUCCCAAAAUCAUCGUAUAGUCAAAUGGGAGCGUGGUGGUUCAAGUGGUCAGCUAGUUGCAGGUGGGUACGGAAAAGGAAACGAUACCUAUCAUCUAGAUGGUCCAUCCGACGUCGUCAUCACUAGAGACGGAAGAAUGUAUAUUGUUGACAAUGGUAAUCGGCGUAUUCUGUUAUGGUCUCAACGUGCUCAAAGUGGAGAAAUAGUCGUUAAAAAUAUCUCUGCGUUUGGCGUAGCACUAGAUGAUCAAAGCUCGCUUUAUGUAUCUGUCGGGGGAGCAGGCCAUGUUGUAAAAUGGCCUGUGAAUGUGUCGACUGGGCAAGUACUCAUUUCAGGACUUCGUGCUCCGCAUUUGAUGUUCGUUGACCAAAAUCAAUCUGUCUACGUGGCCGACACGAAUAAUCACCGAGUGAUAAAAAUCGAUAAUAGAACAGCAAAAGAAAUCUCAAUCGUUGCUGGUGGAUUUAAUGGUAGUAAUUUAGCAGUUCCAAUCGGUGUUGUUGGUGAUGACUUAGGCACUGUCUAUGUAUCUGAGUUUCGUUACCAUCGAAUAACGCGAUGGCCACGUGGAGCUAAAUUCGGUAGUGUCGUCGUCGGUGGUCUAGGGCAAGGUUCCCGACUCGAUCAACUUAACUAUCCCACUGAUUUAUCAUUUGAUCUUGACGGAAAUCUCUAUGUAGUCGAUAACUGGAAUGCUCGCGUGCAAAAAUUCGCCAUUGAUAAGAGUUUGUGUUAA